AUGUAUCUGCAGUUAUGGAGGUCCCCAUUGUAUGCGCAGUUGUCGAAGGACCUAUAUUCAAGUCCUACGGGGCAGGAUCCACCGCCUUUUGUUAACCCAUUUAAUCAGGGAAAUUCACUUUUUGAGACGCCGUACUCGGGGUCAAUAAAUGCCAUGGAAGGAGGAGGUGGAAGCGGGGGGUUCAUGCAGAGUAUGAUGACAAUGACUGCUGGGGGCGGGAGAAAUGGGCUGCCAUCCAUGUUUAUGAAGAACGGAAAACUCCACAUGGGUCAGCAACAGUGUCUCAAAAAUAUCGUAUGUCCACAAUACUGUCACGAGAUAGACCAAAAUGGCUGCGAGACGUGUCCAUGUGGUCCAGCCAAUGGCAUGCGAACGCCAGGUCACGUGGAAAAAGAACAGCAACAGAAGAAUAAACAACAGGGGGAGGAAAAUAAGAAGGAUAAGCAGUGUGUCCAGACCCUCAUCUGUAUGUUGUCAUGUAAGGAGGGGUAUGAGCUAGGCAAGAAGGGCCAGGACGGAUGUCAGACCUGUAAAUGUGUCAAGAAAGAUGACAACAAAAACACGCCAAAACAAACAGGGCAAAUCGGAAUGGAAAUAAUGAAAAACGGAACCGGGAAUAAGAAUUCGGAAAGUGGUUCUGGCAGUAGUGCUGGAACUGGGUCAUCUGGGUCUGGUUCUGGAGGCCAAGGUCCAUUUGGAGGAGCUUCUGGGAGUGAAUCAGGCUCUGGAUUUAAUCCAAUGUUUCCCGGAGCAGGAAUGGGAUCAGGAUCGGGAUCAGCAAGUGGGGCUGGUAUGCCGAGUCCGUUUGGCGGUGGUGGAGGAUCCAGUGGGAUGGUUAUGAGUCCAUUCGGACUGGCCGCGAGUGGAGAUGUGAAGUCAGGCAGAGACUGUUUUGGACCAGAGUGCUCAGCCAAAAAUGGUAUGAAACUACUCGGUGAAGUCAAACCAAAGGAAGAAGAUUGUCCAUCUACUACUCUUUGUAUAAAGACUUGUAAACACGAUCUCAAAUUAGGACCUAAAGGAAGUGACGGGUGUCCAUCAUGCGCAUGCGUGAAAUCAGACAUCAGCACGACUUCUACACCUGAGCAAAAAGUGUGCCAUCGAUUGGUUAGUUGCAUGAUGGGAUGUUCAGAGGGAUACUUGCUUGGUGCAGCAGACAAAUCCGGUUGUCCGUCAUGCUCUUGCAAAUCUAAUCCGAUUACCACCACUGCUUCUCCAGUCACGCAGUCCUCCUGUCAGAAGAUUAUGAACUUGUGUGUAAGAAACUGUCGCUAUGGUUACCAACUCAUUCCCGCCUCCACUAUAGGAGAGUGUGCCAGUUGUUUAUGCCAGCCAGCACCCACACAACCUGUCGUUACCCAAAAAGUGGUGGUUGUACAUCAGCAUUCUUGUGAGGAUAAUGUUGUGAGGUGUAUGACCAAUUGUCGCUAUGGUUACUUACUCAAAUCCACCGGAAGUCAACAAUGCCCUUUAUGUCAAUGUCUUCCACCACCACGAAGAACAGAAAGUUCAAUCAUCGCAACCACAACCAGUAAACCAAACGUCUACAGUAUCUUGAAGAAUUGUCCGGAAGCAGUUCAUUGUAUGCUUAAUUGUCGAACCGGAUAUGCUCUUCAAAGUAUCCCUGGACAGGAAUGCCCGCAUUGCGCUUGUCAUACAGUUGCUGUACAGACACUCGUGUGUACGACAGCUCUCUCCUGUCCCCGGGGCUGUCUGUUAGGCUAUAGGAAUGGAGGUAGUGGAUGUCCAACUUGCUCAUGUGUAAUUCCUUCAGAGGUAGGCAUAACAACUCACAGUGCCAUCUAUGUUGAAUCCUCUAUCCGCUGUAAUGCCCACUUUUCCUGCUCCCAACGAUGUGAAUUUGGUUACAGAAGUGGAGAUAACUCUUGCCCGACUUGUCAAUGUUUGGUUCCGGACAAAGUUGCAUCACAAACCAUUUCAUCUCAUAGUUGCACAAAUGAAGGAUGUCAAUAUCAUAAUGUUCCAUCCGGAGCAGUUGAACACGUGAUAGUACCUCACCAACCAGGAUCCAAUUCUAUUCCUUUAGGCCACGUGAUAACGAACCACCAAUCAGGAUCGUCAGUUCAGGUCACACAUGUAGCUGGUUCUCAUGGGGAGAUCAGUUCGCAAAACACCAUAUCAAUAUUAGUACGAUACUGCACAAAUGUUGCUCACUGUGUAAAGAGCUGUCCAAAAGGAUUCUCCCUGACUGGCACCGAGGCAGGGAAAUGUCCAGCUUGUACAUGUACAACUGGCACUAUAACACAUUUGACAGAAUCAAAAUUGCCCACAGCAGCACCUGUUGUUCAUCCUCCAGUCGUGCAAGUAAAACCAACAGCUACUAUGCAUCACACUCACAGACCAGACAUCCAUACGAUGUGUCCAGAGACGUUCCGAUGUGGAGAGAAAUGUGGAGGAGGAUUUACACUGAAAAAUGAACCCGGGAACACUUGUCCGACAUGUUACUGUAUUGCAGGCAAAAUAGAAAGCACAGAUUCACCACAUCUAAUCCACUCGGAACACGCCGGAAGUCAUAUAAACAUAAAUGCAGGAGGCGUUGUUUCGAAUGUUAUUCCUGUAGAAGUAAGUGCUCACAAUUCACACUCGCUGGUUGGUGCCGGAAAUCAAGUCGUUGUUCCAACAUCCGGAGCUGUUAACAAUGGAUAUCAAGGCGUUCCUUCAGGACCCGGAGUUCAUUUCAACAUUUUGCAUGGCCUUGGUGGAACAAUCUUAAAUGGCCCAGACAGCUCACUCAACGUCCAUGAACCUGCACCUCUCACUGGUGCGCAUACGCAUUUCUCGAAUCAAAAUUGUGUUGGCCCAGCAUGUUCAGCCAUAAACGGAUUCCACAAGAGUCACACAAUGACGUCAUCAAGGAAACAUACCCCACCCAAUCAAUGUGCUGGAAUUAUUCACUGCGUGCUCACGUGUCAUGCUGGGUACAGACUAACAGACAAAGACGAGCACGGAUGUCCGGGAUGUGUAUGUCUACCUGACGAAUAAACUUCUGGUUUUUGUUCUUUAUAACACUUAAUAGAGAUUUAGAAGAAUAAAAACAA